AAAAAAAAAAAUUAUUAAAGAAUAAAAUCAUGUCAGGCGUAUCUCUUGCGGUGGGUCCAAGAACCGACGUGGACAAAACGUCAACGUCCGGUGAGAAAGGACGGUGGUCAGGGAUGACGGCGGCCGGCGGUGGCGGCGGUGGUGGCUUGAUGGGAUCACUUAGGGUGAUAGAGUUACAGCUGGUCGCGUUCAUACUAGUUUUCUCAGCAAGCGGUCUCGUACCGUUACUCGACAUGCUAUUUCCAGCGUUUGCGUCUGUCUAUAUUAUCGCUCUCUCGCGUUUAGCUUUCCCUUCUCACGGCGUUCCCACCGCUUCCCCUGAAGUUUUCCACGGCAGCAAACUCUUCAGGAUUUACGUGAUUUCGGGGACAACGAUUGGUCUGUUCUUGCCUUUAGCUUACGUGUUAGGUGGUUUUGCAAGAGGAGACGAUCAAGCGGUAAGAUCAGCAACACCACACUUGUUUCUACUGUCGUGUCAAAUCUUGACAGAGAAUGUGAUAAGUGGCCUUUCUCUAUUCUCUGCACCGGUAAGAGCUCUCGUGCCGAUGCUCUACACUGUCUGGAGAAUCUUUGUCAUCAUGGAUUGGUCUAAAGAUGUUUGGUUCAACAAAUCUUUACCAGUCAAUGCUACACCCAACGCGGUUGCAUGGUUCUGGUUUGGACGGUAUUUAGCAAUAGCUAAUUUAGGCUACUUUGGAGUGAAUCUACUUUGUUUCUUGAUCCCAAGGUUCCUGCCUCGUGCUUUCGACCAUUACUUCAGAGAAAGAGACGAGAACUUGGCGAAAAGCCGAGAGGACAAGCCCGUUCAAGUUCCUAGAUCAAAACCUUCUGACCACAAAUCUGAUUGAUCAUCUUUUACUUUCUUCUG